AUGGCCGAAACCCUCGAAAAAACCGCUGGCGACACCGUGUCCAAGCUUCGCGCCGUCCUCACCUCCGAAUCCCAGCCCCUCGCCCACCGAUUCCGCGCCCUCUUCUCCCUCAAGCACGUCGCCUCGCAACACCCUCCCACACCCCAGACACGCCCCGCAAUCGACGCGAUCGCCGCAGCGUUCGCUUCGCCCUCCGCUCUACUCAAACAUGAACUCGCAUACUGCCUGGGCCAAACGCGGAAUCAGGCCGCGGUGGCGUAUCUGGACCAGGUGCUGCGGGAUGUGACGGAGGAUGCGAUGUGUCGACACGAGGCGGCGGAGGCGUUGGGGGCAAUUGGGGAUGUGGAGAGUUUGGGGGUGCUGAGGGAAUUCCGGGAUAAGGAAGGGGAAGAAGUGGUGGUCACGGAGACGUGCGACAUUGCGGUGGGGAGGAUCGAAUGGGAGACGUCGGAAGAGGGGAGAAAAGAAAAGCUAAAGGCUAGCGAUUUUGCCUCAAUAGACCCGGCGCCACCAGUCCCGAUGGCCACAACACAACCCGAAAUCAACGAGCUAGAAUCCCGUCUACUAGACCGAAACUGUCCGCUCUUCGAACGUUACCGCGCUAUGUUCGCCCUGCGCGACCUCGCAUCCCCGCCUGACCUCCCGACGGCCGUUCCCGCCGUCCACGCGCUCGCCAAAGGUUUCACGGAUGGAUCAGCGUUAUUCCGGCACGAGAUCGCGUUUGUCUUCGGGCAGCUCUCGCACCCGGCGUCAAUACCGAGCCUGGUGGAGGCGCUAAGCAACACGAAGGAGGCAAGUAUGGUUCGACAUGAGGCUGCGGAGGCACUCGGCAGUUUAGGGGAGGAAGAAGGGGUGGAGGAUGUGUUGAGGCGUUUCUUGGACGAUGAGGAGCAGGUGGUGAGGGAGAGCUGUGUGGUUGCCUUAGAUAUGGCGGAAUAUGAAAGAAGCGGGGAGGCAGAGUAUGCGAUUGUACCGUCAUGA